AUGCCUGUAACAGAGGUCCGUGACAACACCAAGUCACUGGAGAAACCUGUCCUGCACGGUUGUGUACGUCCAGGUAUAAAUAGAGGCACCAACCUGGUGAUGGGCAUCAGUUGUCAACACUACUGCACCAUGAACACUAAGGUACUUCUCCUGCUGGCUAUGGUGGCUGUGGCUGCCGCAGAUGAACGGCCUUUAUACUAUGAAGCCCCCCAUGACAGUCAUGAAGAUCAUGGCUCUGACGAAUAUGAACCCGCCAAGUAUGACUUCGAAUGGUCAGUAAAGGACGAGGAAUAUGGUAACGACUUCGGUCACAAGGAGAGCCGUGAUGGUGACCACACCCAGGGGUCAUACUACGUGCAGCUUCCCGACAGUCGUCACCAAACUGUGACUUACUACGUGGACGGUGACUCAGGCUACGUGGCCGAGGUCACGUAUGAGGGUGAGGCUCAUUACCCCGACUCUUACGAAUACAAGGGCUAUUCUCACGAGUCUUAGAGUAUGUUCAGUCCAACCACUAGCUCACGUACGGUCAACAACUGUUACAAUGCUACAAAAAAAGACCUUUAUGCUUAUCCAUUAAGCAGUGUUGUAUACGAAGCCAAACUGACCUGUUAUUCUCUAUCUGUUUGUUAAUCGUCUUAAAACAGUUGAAGCUACAGGUCCUCUUGUUACUAUCGUCUGUUUUCUUUCCUGUUAUUCUUAUUUGUUGAAUGUGAAUAUUGUGAAGUUGUUUAUUAAAGAAUGUUACUUAAAACAGUU